AUGAUUUCCAAUCGCUUCCUACGAACGAUCGCCACCAAACGAUCCCAUCUCAUCUCUACCAAUACUACCAGAUGUUUUAGUUUCAGUUUUGUCGGCCCCAAAGAGUUGAAUGACAUUCUCAAGAAAGACUUGGUGGGCGACAAACCACGAUCCGAAGUCGCUGACCUUUGGUAUUCCUUUCAUGAAGAGAAGGACAAUGUUCACGGUUUGGUGAUGAAAGGAGAGGAUGCCUCCACUGUGUUAUCGCGGGCAGCCAGCAGUCCCUUCUUUAUACAACCUGUGUUUCGUGACGAUGGCUACUUCAUGUUGAUAUCUCAAUUUUUCGAACCCUCGCACUUUAUAAUGGCUUACCUCGAAGACUACAAAAUGGAUCCAUCUGCAGCACAGCCCUUGUUGACCUUUAGCGUCUUCGAUGAUUAUGCGGAAGAAAAGGAUUUGACCUUGGUGAGAGCUGAUGUAUUGAACAAGGGAAUUGAAGAUGCCGAGGGACUAAAGAUUGUAAAAAACAUGUUGGACAAGUACUCGCUCGAGGACGAAUACAUGGAUGUUUACGCCUUCAACAAGAAACCAGAAACAUUUGACUUUGAUGAUUUCAUUUCACAGCAGAAUCAAAAGUGGAAGACAGAUCAGCAGACAGUAGACGGUAAUUGA